AUGUUACUCUCAAAGGAUAACGUCUUGCACUUCACCUAUGACUCCGAGCUCGUGCAGAUUGAGUCCUGGGGCCCAAACGCUUUUCGGGUUCGAGCAACCAAGUUCCACACAUUGCCGGUAGACAAAUGGGCAUUGACAGAGACGCCACCAGCCUCAACGCCAUCAAUAACUAUCAAGGAGGACCAUGCUACCAUCACCAACGGCAACAUCACCGCGACGAUCUCCUCCAAGGGCAAAAUAAUCAUCAAAAAUGCCAAAGGAGAUCGAUUACUCGAGGAAUAUGUGCGUAAUCGUGGUGAUCUCCAGGACCCCAAGUGCAGUUCUCUUAUGGUCGAUGGGAGAGAGUUUAAGCCGCUACUUGGGGGUGACUAUCACUUGACCUACAGGCUCGAAUCAAUUGAUCCAAAGGAGAAGUUGUACGGUAUGGGACAAUAUCAACAGCAAUUUUUGGAUCUGAAAGGACUCGAUCUGGAAAUGGCACAACGGAAUUCCCAAGCAAGUGUUCCGUUCAUGCUGUCAAGCUUAGGGUAUGGAUUUCUGUGGAACAAUCCUGCAGUCGGCCGUGCAGUAUUAGGAAAGAACACAAUGAGCUUUGAGGCACUAUCAACCAAGGCUCUCGACUACUGGAUCGUUUGCGCUGAUACACCAGCUCAAAUUGUUGAGGCAUAUGCGGAUGUCACCGGGAAAGUCCCCAUGAUGCCAGAAUACGGACUGGGUUUCUGGCAAUGCAAACUACGAUAUCAAACACAAGAAGAGCUCCUAGACGUUGCGCGAGAAUAUCGAAAGAGGAACCUGCCGCUCGACGUGAUAGUCGUGGACUUUUUUCACUGGCCAAAGCAAGGAGAAUGGAAGUUUGAUCCAACAUACUGGAAAGACCCUGGUGAGUCAGCCAUGCGAAGGUUAUUGUCGACGUGGAAGGAGACGUCUUCUCUGCCACCGGCACCUUCCGAUUUUGCCUUUGCUCCUCCUUGCACCUCCAGCAUGAAGCUCAAGUUCGAGAGCAAUAUUCUUGAACCUCCCGUCUCUACCUUUCAAAAGCACCCUGUUGUGAAAAUCGAGGAGUCCGAGAUCUGUUAA